AUGGUGACUAGAGUCUGGGAAUCUAGGUCUGCAAAUCACCUCAGGCUUUCGAUGUUUACCUGGGCAACAACAGGUGCAGCUCCAGGCCCAAGCACGUACCGCUCGAAUAUAGCGAUCCGCGCCAUAUUAUGCUGGAACAUUCGACAGAUGGGCGUCUUUGACCUACUGAGCGCUUGUAUCGCGCGUCUUGCACGAGACGGGAUUCGAGAAACAGCACCCAUCAAGGAAGACAACACCAGCGAGCAGAAGACUGCGGCACUGACAACGCAGGCCAAGAAUAAAACGAAGCUAUCCGUGAGCACCAGCACGCUGCUAAGGCCAGCGGUGAAUUCCUUCCGAAAAUGCAAGUACAGAGGAUGCCAUUAUGCAGAGACAGAGAAAAUCUCCCCUGAUCCACCAUCUACAACAUCAAACAGAGGUCAAAGGGUGCCAGCGCCACUUUCUCGGACAACAGCUUGCCUCCCAAUGAACGCGGUCUCUCAAGCAAACUCUGAACGAGUUGAUGAUGACUUGAAUAUGGAAAUGAACAAGAGUGUCGUAUUGAAGCAGUUCAACGAUAGGAACGAACGAAACGACGGGCGGUAUCGUUCAUCUUCCUUGUUUUCGAUAACAAAUGAGGACGUCAGAAGACGGCAUAGAGACCUUGCUCAUCACUGCACCAGAUCUGAAGGCAUGACAUGUCUGGAAGCAGGACGUAACCUCAAUCACGCAAAUGUCAAUUGCAGCGAAUCUCCGACUCGAUUAUUCAACAAUCUAUUCAACGAUCUCUUCAACGAUCUCUUCAACGAUCUACAUUACCGUCGCAACCUCAGCCGUGAAUUAUCGACGUCAGGAAGCGACCUCGACCGCUGA